GCAGCUGCGCACUAUGGUUAGAAGUAACGCUGAGACCGGAAGUACUUGACGUUGAGAGCAGCACGUACUGUGUUCAGCGGGCGAAUCGUAGCCAAAAUGAUCAGUAAAAUCAUCGGACAGAAGUAUGUGGCCAUUGUCAAAUCAUGGGUCCCAACCCUGGCUGUAUGGGGCACAGCGGGAGGAGUGGCUCUGGUCCACUUCACAGACUGGCGGGUGUUUUUGGAUUAUGUCCCCUACGUCAGCGGCAAAUUUAAGAAGGAUGAGUAGUGGCAUUCAGGUUGGUGCUGUUUUUUUACACAAAGACUUAAUAUUGAACGAGAGCUGCUGCAGCCGGAACUGUGCACCAUGCUCCUAAUGCGUGCCAAGUCACUGGACGCUGUCAUCUUCAUCCUGCAGCUCAGCCAACAUUCAACUGUUCAAACAUCAGCAUCCUGUAAAUCACGCUGGAGGGUGGAGUUUCAUCUCCAGCUAAAACCAAGCAGAGGGAACAUGAAAACAGGGAUUGUAGAUGGACUUCAGUUUUCUUAUCUCUGUUCAUGUUAAGAUAUUUAUUUGAAUCAUCACUGUCCUUUGUGCUGUCCUGAUUCCCAAAUGGAAAACCUGCCUUUACUGUCAUUCUGUGAUUGUGUUGAAGAGAAGUAAAGAGAGAGAUUUAUCCUGUG